AUGGAGAGUCCACCUCCGACCCACAAGCUUUCAUUGAUUCUCCAUGGGAAAGGUGGUCAUAAGAACUAUUGUUAUCAGGCCAUGUUGGCUCAAGAAUUGGCUACAAAAUUAGGUAUUUAUAGUUUUAGAUUGGAUUUUAGAGGGUGUGGUGACUCUCAACAAAAUGAAGAUGAAUCAAUGGGGAGAAUGAUAUCACAAGAUAUCGAGGAUAUAAAUCUUUCAUUAGAUGUCUUCAGCAAUGGUGCUUCAUUUGAAGAAAUUGGUAUAAAUUUAACAACUCAUUCAAUUGUGGCACAUUCUAGAGGUUCAGUGGCCAUGAUGAGAUGGGCCAUUGAAGAGCAAAAAAAAUUAGACAAGGGCGAACCAAAUUAUAGAUUUGUUCAAAAUUUAGUUAAUACAGCUGGUAGAUUUAAUGGGAAACUAUUAUUAGAUGGUUUGAAAAUACAAGCAUCACCGGAAGGUUAUACUUUGAAUCAGUAUAGAUUGGGUAACUACCAAGAUUUGGUAAUUCAAACUCCAGAGACUGCAGAUCUGGGGUCUCAAAAUUUAGAAGAGAUGAAAUAUAUUAAUGAUGAGAUUCAAGUAUUGAGUGUUUAUGGGUUACAUGAUCAUAUUGUUCCAAUAGAAGAUUCAACACAUUUUGCCAAUCUAUUAGGAUCUAGACAUACCUUGAGAUUUAUCAACUUUGCUGAUCAUAAUUUUUACGGAUCUCAAGAAGUUACAGAAAAGAAUAAAUCCAGGUUGAAUCCAAAUGGAUAUCCUUUGAAUAAGAGAAACAAAGUGAAUUAUAACUAUCAAGCUACAGAGAUAAUUAUCGAUUACUUAUCUAGUGCAAAUGAUUUAGAAAGAUUCAAGACUUCAACAGAUAUUGUUUAUCAAUCUCCAAGAUGGAGAGAAAUUGAUGGGAUUGCAAAUUUUAGAGAUAUUGGUGGUUGGAGAACAAAAGAUAAUAAGCAUUACGUUAAGUCAGGCGUUAUCUUUAGAUCCGCAAAUACCUCAAAUGUUACAGAGACUGGUAAAAAACAAUUGAAUGAAUUAGGCAUCAAGAGUGUUUUUGAUUUCAGAUCGUAUGGUGAGUUUAAAAAAGCUGGUGGGUUAGAGAUCAAAGGUGUAAAUGUUAAUAACAUUCCAGUUUUCACCAAGACUGAUGUUUCUCCUCAAUCCAUUGCACUUAGAUAUAAAAAUUUGUUAACAUCAUGGUAUACUUUCAAAUAUGUUUAUGAAAACAUGUUGGAGAAUGGUUCAUAUGCAUUCAAAUCUGUCUUGUUGUUCUUGAGAGAUCAUGAAAAUGUCCCAAUUAUUUUCAAUUGUACAGCUGGUAAAGAUAGAACAGGUGUCAUGGCUAUGAUUAUUCUGUUAUUAUUAGGUGUUGAAAAUCACAUAAUUGCCAAAGAGUAUGAAUUAACUACAAUUGGAUUGAUUCCAAAUCAUGCGCAGAUUAAAAAGGAGUUUUUCGAAGCUUCAAAUGAUUUCAAAGAAAAAUUCAAAGAUAGUGACCAUUUCAAAGAAUUCUCUUCAUUAUCACCAGAUGCAAUGUUCAAUAAUUUGAUUAGCUCAAAAUAUGAAAGUAUGAUUGCUACAAUUGAAUUAUUCAAUCAAAAAUUUGGUGGUAUUGAGAAAUAUUGUAUCGAUUAUUUGGGGUUGAGUAAAGAAGAUUUAUCCAAGAUUAGAUCAAAUUUGUUGACAAAUUCAUCACCUUACCCAGAUCAAAAUGCAAUUUGGAAGCAUAGAGCUCAAUCAGGAAGUUUACUAUGA